GACGUCAGCACACUGUAAACUCAAAACGCCAGCCUCGGACGGUCCUGUUAUUGUUCGGUGUGAAGAGUUUGAGGGGGGUCGGUGCUUUGUUUUUGUUUGGAGGGCUGGACGAUACAAAAAAGCGCGUUUAACUCGCAGUGUUUCCUGAUAAUAUAAUAUCAUUGUAUCCAAAUAGAGGAAGGCUAGCUAACAAGUUAGGUCCUAGGGUCAUCGUUAGCUGAUGGAUGAGAGGGUAUCGGACUUAUUUGGCUCAGGAAAUGGACACGGCUCCGGGUCUCAAGCGUCCAGCUUCAAGCAGGGAAGUGGCUUUGGGGUAGCCUCAAAAAAAGCCUGCGUUAAGAACAACAAGAAGUCCAAGGCUCGGUUCUCUCGCAACUUCAAACCCAGCAAUAACACCCCGUAUCUACCUCCGGAGGUAAGGCUGGAACUCCAACUAAGGUCGCAGCUAGCGCCAUGAAGCUUACAUUAUUCACGACCCUUUGCAAAGCCUGGCUGAAGAGGGAAAUAUAGAGUACAAGUUGAAGCUGGUGAAUCCAACACAAUACCGCUUUGAGCACCUGGCAACACAGAUGAAAUGGCGACUGCAGGAGGGCCGAGGGGAAGCUGUCUAUCAAAUAGGUGUGGAGGACAAUGGCAUGCUGGUGGGGCUGUCGGAGGAAGACAUGAGGGCAUCGCUGAAAACGCUUCAUAAGCUGGCAGAGAAAGUUGGGGCUGAUAUCACUGUUCUGAGACAACGAGAGGUGGAGUAUGACUCUGAUGUGCCUCGUAAGAUUGCUGAAGUUCUCAUUCGUAAGGUCCCGGAUGACCAGCAGUUCUUGGACUUAAGAGUAGCUGUACUGGGGAAUGUGGACUCUGGGAAGUCCACUCUGUUAGGUGUGUUGACACAGGGCGAGCUUGACAAUGGCCGGGGGAGAGCGAGGCUCAACCUUUUCAGACAUCUACAUGAGAUCCAGACUGGUCGCACCUCUAGCAUCAGCUUUGAAAUCCUCGGAUUCAACAGCAAAGGAGAGGUUGUGAAUUACAGCGAGUCUCGAACAGCCGAGGAGAUUUGUGAGAGUGCUUCUAAAAUGAUCACGUUCAUUGAUCUGGCGGGUCACCACAAGUACUUGAAAACCACCAUCUUCGGCCUCACCAGCUACUGUCCAGAUUUCGCUAUGCUGGUUGUCAGCGCAAACACGGGCAUUGCUGGUACAACACGAGAGCAUCUCGGACUUGCCAUGGCCCUGAAGGUGCCCAUCUUCAUCGUCAUCAGUAAGGUGGACCUCUGCACACGAGCCACAGUGGAGCGCACGGUACGGCAGUUGGAGCGUGUUUUGAAGCAGCCGGGCUGCAACAAGGUGCCCAUGGUGAUAAGCAGCACAGAUGACGCCGUCACAGCAGCACAGCAGUUUGCCCAGUCACCCAAUAUCACACCCAUCUUCACCUUGUCGAGCGUGUCUGGAGAGAGUCUGGACUUGCUGAAGGUCUUCUUUAACAUCAUCCCUCCUCUUAGCAACAGCAAGGAGCAGGAGGAGCUCAUGCAACAGCUAACUGAGUUUCAGGUGGAUGAGAUCUACACAGUGCCAGAGGUAGGGACAGUGGUGGGAGGUACUCUGUACAGUGGUAUUUGCCGUGAGGGGGAUCAGCUGGUGGUAGGGCCCACAGACUCAGGCCAGUUCCACAAGUUGAGAGUCGGAAGCAUUCAAAGAAACCGCUCGGGAUGCAGGGUACUCAGGGCAGGACAGGCUGCUACACUAGCCCUGGGCGACUUUGACCGAUCGCUGCUACGCAAGGGCAUGGUGAUGGUGAGUCCGGAGAUGGAUCCUACCAUCUGCUGGAUGUUUGAGGCUGAGAUCGUGCUGCUCUUUCAUGCAAAGACCUUCCACAAAGGCUUCCAGGUUACUGUGCACAUCGGCAAUGUGAGACAGACCGCCACUGUGGAAGCUGUGUAUGGCAAGGAGGAGCUGAGAACAGGAGAGAAAGCAGUGGUUCUCUUCAAGUUCAUCAAACACCCUGAAUACCUGAAGGUGGGGGCUAAGGUCCUCUUCAGACAGGGCGUGACCAAAGGUAUCGGCCAUGUCACAAAGUUACAGCCCAUUGCUCAGUACCUACCACCCCAAAGCGAGGACGAGGAAUCCUAAGACUUCUUGGAGAACCACACCAGAAAAAACACCGUCCCUCCUAUAAAACAAGGUGCUUUACGGAAACAGCCUCUUUGCUUUCUCCAAAGAACACCCUCUCCCUCACACAGUAAAUCCCUUUAAGAGGAUUUUGUUGUUUUACCACCCUUUUUCCAAAGCCUUGUUGUCACCAAUAUCCUCCAUGUUCCACUUCAGCCUUUUAGAGAAACCGCUUUUACUUCAGUCUGGUGUUUUAAAGUGAUGCUUUUAUACUGCACUGGUAAAAAGUGAACCCUACAGCCACCUGCUCAUCAUAUUCACGAAGCAACAUCUACCAAAGUGAUACAUUGCCUGUAGAGAACACGGGGUUGCAACUGGAAAAUUGCUCAGUCACAUCCAUGUUUAAGUGCUACUUACACAGUUUACACCAAAAUGCACUCCUACAACAACACCUUUAAAAACAGACACACACACAGACUUGCACUGAAACAUAAAUAAUAGUGCUGAUAUUCCUUUGGCAGGUAAUCGUUUACAACCUCUGCUAGUACGAGAUAAUUGGACAUUAGGGUGUUUGACUAAUGUCACUGUUGUAGUGUCAACACAGCAGCUUGUUACCAACAAAGUGCCUGAAUGAGAGAAACAAGCCUUUGAGCUCAGUUCUCCUUUCUUGAUAGCAGCUAAUGAUAUAUGCUGGCAGCACUGACAAAUGACUGCGGUUCUCAGUUCUCAGUCGUAUGUAAGCUAAACCAUCUACAGGCUAUAGUAAUGCUGGCAAGGUGUGGUAAGUAAGACCCAGCCUGCCAGGAUAACUCAAAUUGGCAGCCACCUUUUAAACUUGUUUCAAAACACGUGUGUCUUUGAGAAUAAUGUGUUUUUCUUUGUCACAAAAUAUGCAUCACUAUAGUGCAGCAGAGUAGAAAUGAUCUUGCUGCCUAUCUUUCAAGUGCUUUAGUUACUCAGGUCAGUGAAGAUCCGGUGUUAGACAGCAUUCCACUCUUACAGGACUCCUCCUGUGGAGGUUUCUGUUGCUGAUAAGUGGGUAGAGGAAAAAGAAGAAGGGCGUUUCUCCCAAAGAUAAAUGCUUAAGUAUGGGUUAUAUGUGAUGUAAUGCUGCCUACAGAUGGAGCUGUGUUUAAAAGCUAUUGUGCUGGAGGUACUUGAUGUCCUCACUUAUGUUACUGAUGUCACUAACUUUGGUGGGGUUUAACACAGUGCCUGGUGGAGCUACUCUUUGUGUAGCCUUCCACUCCACCUCAAAGUUUCACUACUUAAGUUGGUGCUACUCUUUAAAUCUGAUUUUUGAUACAAGAAGAUGACUUUAAAAAAAAUGAAUGUUAGAUGCAACUAUCUGUUCAGGGCUGCUGUUGGCCUUGUCGUUGGUCUUGUUCUAGCAUGUUGGCGUGAUAUAUAUUCAAAGGUUGAUGUCCAACUUACACGGAUGUUGAAGGAGACGACUGAAACGUGUGCCCUGUUUUGUUAAUAGCUAUGUUUGUUGCGAAGCACAGUUUGUGUGCAGUAAAUCAAAGAGAGGAAAGCUGAGAAUGCAUUUCAACCAAAAUCUUUUCUAGCCAUCAGAAAGUUUGAAAUCAGGUGUUUGUUUUAAUACAUCUGAGAGAGUUUUAUAGAUUUCUAGUAGUUGUAGGUUUUACUGUUCAUGUUAACACUUUUUUCACAGCCAGCAACACUUCUUUACUGUUUCAAAAUCAGCUUUCAGACCUGUUUGUCUUUCAAUUGAAAGUGUGAUAUUUUGAUUAUUUGGGUGAAAUGCAAUAUUUAUGUACAGAUCUAAUUUGUGUAUCUUGAUGUACAUGAAUAAAACCUUUAUUGUCUGUUAA